GCCGCCCGCCAGUCAGUCGGCAGUCGGACGCCGGUCCACAUGGUCGCUCCGCAUUAAACAUGGCCGCCGGCUUCGUCGGCUCCACCAAGAGCUUCCCGUUCUCGUUCGACGUGGACGUGGAGGACGAGGACCCCGGCCGCACCACGCCGCACCUCAGCAAGAGAAUCGGAAGCGAGAGCCCCACUAGCGCGAUCGGGGCGGAGGCGCCGCGGGAGUUGCCCAACGAGCUGUCGGCGCCGUACGAGGUGCCGCAGUUCCCCAUAGAACAGAUCGAGAAGAAGCUCCUCAUCCAGCGACAGCUCAACGUCAAAGCGGCGGAAUGCGGUCAGUCGGCGCGGUCGUACGCGGGCAGCGAGGCGGGCGGCGCGGCGUCGGUGUUCGAGGAGGCGGCGCGGCUGCGCGGCGACGAUGACGAGUUCGACGUCAUCCUGCCGCACUUCCAGCGCGUCGCCAUCAGCGGCGAGGACACCUCCGGGGUGCCCUUGGAGGAUCUACAGCAGGCGUCUUCGUACCUGGUGCAGGCGCUGGAGAUCCGCAAGAAGUACAUGGACAUGUCCAACCAGAGCUUCGCGACCAUCACGGCACGAUUCUUGCGCGGAAUGGACAACGAGGCCGCCGCCAACCACACGCCCGUCCCCAAGUACCCAAACCGACAUAUAGCUGAUCACAUAGUCCACCCGCCGUUCAAGGACAACAAGGACCCUUGGGAGGGCCCGACCCCGGAGGCGAAGGGCUACAUGAUCAGGGCGGACGAGGGCGUGUUCAACCUGUACCGGGCGGGGGCGGAGGGGCGGGAGGAACGCGUGCCCUACCCUUACGUCACCCUGCAGCAGUACAUACAGGACAUGAAUACCAUGUGCAACAUGAUCGCCGACGGACCUCUCAAGUCGUUCUGCUACCGGCGUCUGUCGUACCUGUCGUCGAAGUUCCAGCUGCACGUGCUGCUCAACGAGCUGCGCGAGCUCGCCUCGCAGAAGGCCGUGCCGCACCGCGACUUCUACAACAUCAGGAAAGUGGACACGCACAUCCACGCCGCGUCGUGCAUGAACCAGAAGCAUCUGCUGCGCUUCAUCAAGAAGACGCUGAAGAACCACGCUGACGAGGUGGUGACGCUGCACAAGGGCACGCCGAUGACGCUGCGCGCGGUCUUCCAGUCCAUGAACCUCAGCACGUACGACCUCACCGUCGACAUGCUCGACGUGCACGCGGACCGCAACACGUUCCACCGGUUCGACAAGUUCAACGCGAAGUACAACCCCAUCGGCGAGUCCCGCCUGCGCGAGGUCUUCCUCAAGACCGACAACCACAUGAACGGCAAAUACUUCGCCAGGAUCAUCAAGGAGGUGGCUUUCGACCUGGAGGAGAGCAAGUACCAGAACGCGGAGCUGCGGCUGUCGGUGUACGGCAAGAGCCCGGGCGAGUGGGCCAAGCUCGCCAAGUGGGCCAUCCAGUACGACGUGCACUCCGACAACGUGCGCUGGCUCAUACAGAUCCCGCGUCUCUACGACAUCUUCAAGUCGAACAACAUAAUGAACAACUUCCAGGAGUUCCUAAGCAACAUCUUCCAGCCGUUGUUCGAGGUCACCAACGACCCCAACUCCAACAUCGAGCUGCACAAGUUCCUCACGCACGUAGUAGGCUUCGACAGCGUGGACGACGAGUCGAAGCCGGAGAACCCGAUGUUGGACGCGGACGCGCGCGCGCCGCCGCAGUGGGACGACAUCGAGAACCCGCCCUACGCCUACUACCUCUACUACAUGUACGCCAACAUCACCGUGCUCAACCACUUCCGCAAGGAGCAAGGACUCAACACGUUCGUGCUGCGGCCUCACUGCGGCGAGGCGGGGCCGGUGCAGCACCUGGUGUGCGGGUUCAUGCUGGCGGAGAACAUCUCGCACGGGCUGCUGCUGCGGAAGGUGCCGGUGCUGCAGUACCUGUACUACCUGGCACAGAUCUCCAUCGCCAUGUCGCCGCUCAGCAACAACUCGCUCUUCCUCAACUACCACCGCAACCCGCUGCCCGAGUUCCUCGCGCGCGGCCUCUGCAUCACACUCAGUACUGACGACCCCCUGCAGUUCCACUUCACCAAGGAGCCGCUGAUGGAGGAGUACAGUAUCGCGGCGCAGGUGUGGAAGCUCAGCUCAUGCGACAUGUGCGAGCUGGCCCGCAACUCCGUGCUCAUGUCCGGCUUCCCGCACGAGAUGAAGCAGUACUGGCUGGGCCCGAACUACACGAAGGAGGGCGUGGCGGGCAACGACAUCACGCGGACCAACGUGCCCGACAUCCGCGUCUCCUUCCGACACGAGACGCUGCUCGACGAGCUCACCAACAUCUUCAAGGAGGGCAUGUCGGCGCACAGAUAGCCGCGAGGACAACCGCAUACUGACCAUAGCUCGAUCGUAUCAAAUGUUAAAAUAUCAUAGAUCAUGUAUAGAUCACCGACAGAGUGCCCCAACUAAUGUUAACCCCACGUUGUGAUAAAAUCAAGUGCCAUUCCAGCUAGCUAACUGCUUUGUUAAGACGCGGGCGCCGCGAUGUAUACACUAUACACACUUGUUUCAUUUCGAAUGUACCCGCGUCAUUGAAAAGUACAAGUAGUUUAUAUACUUGUCAAUAGCCGCGUACUGAUUGCGCGGGCAGCCUCGUGAGGCAAAUCCUCGGCCGGUCAAGACGUGCCUCGCCCGAGCGUGCCGCGGCCCGAGCCUCGCGUGGCUGAUCGCUUGGUCAGUACGCGACUAAUGGCGUAUUGAUUGAAUUCUCAUGAAGCAUGACGUAUGACGACACUUCACAUCCUGUCAAUCCUUCUCAUUCGGCUGCGUGGAGACAGUGACAGACUGAGAAGCCUGUCACUAUCUCCAUUGCUAAAUAUCGAAAGCGUUUAAGAGAUGAAAGUUGUAUACAUUGCAGCGCUCGCGACUAAGUAGAUAUUCGUCGCUCACAACUUUAGGAUCGCUCCGCGAAACUGGAGAAGACGAUCUGCUAGUUCUCGCUAGUUUGAAAAAACAUUGCUCUAGACUAGACGAAUAUUCGCUACAAACUCUGCGUGGUCCCCCUUAAUUUUUGCCGAGCGGUGUUAAACAUGUGAGUGAUACAUUAGAAAGAUAAUAUUAUAUUAGAGCUUUAUAUACCUGUCGCUUGAAGGUGGCCGCGGAUUUGAUCGUGAAACUUUAAUGUAGCCUACGGGAACGCUUUUAGCCAAUAGGCAAGUUUAUAUCUUUCCAUAUUAAUUCUAGUGAGUAUGUUAACAUAUUUUAUAUUAUAUCUUGUAUAAAAAGCCUUUCCAAAUUGUAUUUAAUUUCAAGAGAUUUGUUUUAUUAACUAGUAAUCAUGUGUGUGAACUGUGAUCUGAGUAACUUCUCUACUUCACACGAAUCUCUCUUUAUUUUUACUAAACUAAAUCUCGGCCCGAUUCGACCAAACUUGAAGUUACACGAGUAUAACUAUCAUGAGAA